UUAUAGUCUAUGCUUAUCAAUGAAAGUAAGUAAACCAUCGAAGUUGGACGCAAGACAUUAUCGUAUAUUAUUUUAUUUUGUGUCGUAAUUUACAAAUCGGAUUAGAAAGUGAGAACAUCUAAAAGUUCAAAGGAAAACUCUUUUUAUAAUGCGUGAGCAAAGCUGACGUUAUGUGGCAACUAAUUAAAUUACAGUAGUUAAGUUAUAUUUUUCUAUUAAGAAUUCUAAAAUUUCGUUACACUAAAUGGCUGAGAAAUAAAACAAAAAAAAUAAUAAUGGAUGGAAAUAAUGCCUCAGAUUUACCUCCUGUAAAAGAGGAGGCAUUCUGUAAAUAUGUUUUAUACUAUGGAUUGAACAAUUCAAGAGUUCGAAUUUGGGAUUUGAUAAUACUGAUACCUAACGCUCUGUUCGUGCUAUUUUUAGUCGUAAGAUUUAACAAAGCUCAGUUAAAGUUACGUGCUACCAGUAGCCCAAUAUUCCUGACAUUUUAUUCAUUGGUUUGGGGCAAUGUGAUUGUCAGUGUGAUAAGAUGUGCUGUAUCAAUGACAGUGAAUGCUGCUAUGCCGGUUGGAGGUCUAAUAGACAAGAUACUUUGGGUAAUAGUAAGAUUCUUCUUACUUGCAACGGAAAUGAGUGUUGUCAUAUUUGGUUUGGCUUUUGGUCACAUGGACAGCAGAAGCAGUAUUAGAUAUGUUUUGCUGGCAACAUCCUUAAUAUCCCUCGCAUUCACUGUAACACAAGGCACUCUUGAGAUAAUCAUGCCCAAUGACAUGUUCCACAUUGAUAUUGGAGAUUACGACCUUUUUGGACAUGGUGGAAUGUUAUUUUGGUUUACAUCAUCAUUGGUGUUUGCAGUUAUAUAUUUUAUAAUAUUAUUAUUACCCUGGAUACCAUUGAGGGAAUAUUUAGCACUACCAACUAAAUUGUCAUUCUAUUUGUACGUGUUGUUGCUCGCGUUACUGGACACAACACAAGCGAUCGGAGCCGGUCUCCUAACGUGGGGUGAUGUACCGUCUGCUCUAUGCGUCGUGGAUGUCACAACUUGGCUUUAUUUCUCAUUAUACACGCCGCUUGUGUAUCACACUUUUUUGAGUGAAUUUUUCAGUGUGUCCCAGCCGAGUAUAAUGUUCUCGUACAAGGCGCAGAUGGACGAGCCUUUAGACGACGAUCAGGUGUCGUUGCCUCACCAACAGAGCUUCAGUUCUCUCAAGACAGACUCAGAUUAUAUAUAUCAACAGAGUAACAGCGUAUACGAUAGUACACUGUUCGAAGCUGGUGGGACGACUCCUAUGAAUCCCGUGUACAGUGCCUCGCUACAAAGCCCGGAUUCCAUAGCAUCCGGGCAAUCCAUAGACAUUGGUGUCGCCUUCCAAAACCAAAACAUGCUCUCAACAUAACAAAUACAGAUUAAAAAUAUGUUACAACUUCACUCAUCCAAAGAAAUACAUAUAAGAUAGUGUUUAACAUAUAUUUUUAAAAUGCUUUUAUUUUUUAAACGUGUAAAUUCUUUGCAAGAAUCUCUUUAUUUUUACCAUUAGUCUGUGACUAUCAGGAUCUGCUUUAAAAGAUAGUUGUAUGUAAUCGUUCCAUCCACGUUUUCAUACUAGGCUAAGGCUGAUACUAUACUAAUGAAUUUGAAACAUGCUCCACGAAGACGAGCGAAGAUUUUAACUAUCAAUGGAAUAACUUCAUUUUUUAAAUAAUACAUUGCUAGUACGGAAUAAUUUGACGUUUUUAAAAUGAAGUGUUCCAGUUGGCUGUAUUUUCGCUAGUUUGCGGUGCCUCGCACAGUUCUGGAAACGCCUUAUAGUUUUUAAGUUAUCAGGUACUAUGUUACUUUGAUAAUCUUCGAAUUACAUAACAUAAAAAAUGAAUGCACAUGAUGAUUUUCUGUCCAUUUAAGCCUUAAAUCAAAGUUUGUACUUAGAAUUGAACUCUAAAUAAAAAUCAACCUAGCAAUGAACCGUUUUCAAUUAUAAACUUAGUGAUUAGCGUGAAAUAACUAAGAUUUUUUCAAUUAGUGUAGUAGAGGACGACUGCAUAUUAGUGAUGAUUCAUUUAGAUUACAAUUUCAUAGUUUUCUAGAUUGUCUUUAUUGUGAUGUAUUUAAGAAUUAUUUUAAAACACCAACCUCCAGAAGUAUCUUGGAAAUACUUUAAAAACUUCUUUCCAGCUUUAUAAAAAACAGACGUGAAACAAUUAAGCUAAUGUUUCAUUAUAUUAAAGUGAAUAACAUAAAUUUUUUAAUUAUACAAUUGUAACUAUGUGAUUACGUUGAUAACAUUCAAAUAUGUCUCCAAUAUUCAUGUAAAGUUAACAGUAUUCGUAUAUUUGUUUAGUAUUAAUAACACAAGCAUAUAAUUUAGCAUACACUCACCAGAUGCCGUAUGAAAAUUAUAACUUAAUGCACUAUUUUAUAUUGACAUGACUUUAUUAUUAUUAUUGUUUUUUUUUUUAUUUAUCGUUCUGUGAUCAUUUACCUACUUAUUUUUUGUUGUUAUUUUUAAUUGUUUAAAAGUGAUAGUGGGAUUAAGUAACAAAUCUUGUGAACAGCAAAGCUGGUUUUGUGAAUUAUUUCAAUUUGUUCUUUAUAUAGCAAUAAAUUAUCAUUAUCUUGGAAGAUUGCAAUAAAUGUGUCUUAACAUUGUAUAAUUUAAUGUACCGUUAUGGACUUAAUUACCUCCGCUGGGUCAACAGGCUAGUCUUAAUUAUUUUUUUUUAUCAAAUGAUUUAUCUAGCUGUACUAUCCCAGACUUCAAAUUAACAUUGGAUAUAAUCGAGAUUGUCAAUUGAUUUGUAAAUUAAAAAUUAAUGGCGACAGUCAAUUUUCCUUUAUGAAUUGUGAUAAACCCACAUGUGUUAUGUAAUCAUGUAAAAUUUAUUAUUUUAAGUGAUAUUUUGGUUGGUGGCAUAUAUUUUUGUUAUUUUCUAUGUUAGGAAUUCUAAUAAAGUAAUGAUUUUAUUUCAA